AUGUUAAGGAAGGAAGAAGAGGAAAGGAAAAGAAUAGAAGAAGAGGAAGAGGCAAGACAGAAGCUAGAAGAAGAAAGGUUGCGUUUGGAGGAGGAACAGCAUUUAAAAGAAGAGAGAGAGAGACAAAGACAGUCCCACCAAAAGCGUUUAAUACAAGAGGCAUUGAACAGACAAACUUUUCAUCAAUUUAAAGCAUAUGCCGAGAAACAAUACCCAUCUGAUCCAGAGCAGCAAGCUGUUCUAAUAAGGCAGUUGCAAGAACAACACUACCAGCAAUACAUGCAACAAGUGUUACAGGAACAAUUAGCCACAACUCCAAACCACAAAACUUCUGCAGUUAAUAUGUCAGAAGUAGAAAAUCAAAACCAACAAAGUGGCUCUCUGGAAAGUACACCUGAACCAUCUGAAGAAGAAAUAUGUGACCAUCUUCUCUGAUAUAAGAAACAAGCAAAAGAGCUCUUAGCAGGUUUUGACAUG